AUGGGUUUCUUGGGAGUCUACAAAGCCGUGUAUGAUUACGUGCCUCAGGCCGCAGGCGAGCUCACUAUCAAAGACGGCGAUGUCCUCUAUGUCACUGAGAAGAAUGCCGAAGACGACUGGUGGAAAGCCAAGAAAAAGGCCAGUGCCGAUGACGAAGAAGAACCAGAGGGACUUGUCCCCAAUAACUACGUUGAAGAGGCACAACCCGUCGCCACGGCACGCGCCUUAUUCGAAUAUACCCGACAGACUGAUGAGGAGCUUUCCUUCCCCGAGGAUGCUGUACUCGAUGUUUACGACACGUCGGACCCCGACUGGAUUUUAGUUGGCCUGGAUGGCGAUUUUGGAUUCGUUCCAGCCAACUACAUUGAAUUGGGCGAGGUCGAAGAGCCAGUGGCCUUGCCCUCACCCCCUCCAGCGCUGCCGUCACGUUCUAUUUCCGCCGCUACCGACACAGAGACUUACUCCGAGAGGUCCGAGUCCACUUACUCGCCCAGCAGCUCCCAAGCCAAUAACCCCGCGGCAGCUUUGGCAGGCGUAAUGGCUGGCCGUUCUGCCCCUCCUCCCCGUGCCGCCACCCCUCCCAUGAUGCCGCAGUCUCCGGCUUCGGAACCAUCAGACGACGAGACGAUUAAAAGCCCUGCUCUUCCCGCUAGACCGAUUUCCCAGGCUGCACCUGCGCGUAUUCAGUCUCAGAGGUCGAUGGAUACUCACCUGUACGAUAACUCACCGGAAAUCAUCGAAGAACCACCCUACCGCGCUCCCGGCGGGUUUCAUAUGUACAACAUCAACGAGAUGGUGUCUGUAAUGGGCAAGCGCAAAAAGAUGCCUACUACCCUCGGCAUUAACUUGGCGACAGGAAACAUCUUGAUUGCCCCAGAACGUGCGUCGGACGGUCCGUCUCAGGAGUGGACAGCGGAAAAAAUGACCCACUACUCCCGAGAGGGGAAACACGUUUUUCUGGAACUUGUGAGGCCGAGCAAGAGUGUUGACUUCCAUGCGGGCGCCAAGGAUACAGCCGAAGAGAUUGUGGGCGCCCUGGGCGAACUGGCUGGGGCCGUCAAAGCUGAAGGGCUACGCGAAGUCAUCCUGGCCGGUUCCGGAAAGACCCAGAAGAAGGGUCAAGUGCUUUACGACUUCAUGGCCCAGGGUGACGACGAGGUGACCGUUGCCGUCGGUGACGAUGUCAUCAUUAUUGACGACUCCAAGAGUGAGGAAUGGUGGCAAGUCCGACGUGUCAAGAAUGGGAAGGAGGGCGUUGUCCCAAGCAGCUACAUCGAGGUCACAGGCUCCAUCACUCCGCCCUCCGGCACCACCGGCCUGAACGCGGCGAGGUCAACUGUCGAACAGAACCGACUGGAAGAGAUCAGAUUGACGAAAGAGGCUGUCAAGGCCGCUCAAAGAGACAGCUCACAGCAGGUAGGGCCAGGAAUGCCUCUACCAAAGCGAGGCAGUAGUCUUAUGGCGAGAGAAAAUGGUAAUAACUAUGGGCAGCGGAGCAAACGAGAAAACGGACGUGGCGAAGGCGGCAGCCGUUCUGGCAAAUCCAGUAAGCACAAUAUGUUGCGGUCCAUGCAUGGUGCAUCUUUUGCUGAUGUGUUCAUGACAGAGCCGGAUCCUGCCAAAGUACGCACUUGGACAGACCGUUCAAAAUCCUUCAGUGUCGAUGCACAGUUCUUGGGACUUAAGGACGGCAAGAUUAAUCUGCACAAGAUGAACGGUGUCAAGAUUGCAGUCCCCGUCGCCAAGAUGUCGGUCGAGGAUCUUGAGUAUGUCGAACGGGUCACGGGUAUCUCAUUGGAUGAGGACAAGCCACUAUCAAACGUUAAGAAGGCGAGGGCCUCCCAGGCCAAUACGGCCAGGGACUCACCUUCUGCUGGACUAGGCGCCUCCGUCGGACAACCUCAGAAGCCCGAGUACGACUGGUUCCAGUUCUUCCUUUCUUGCGACGUUGCAGUGGGAUUGUGCGAACGAUAUGCCCAGGCCUUCGCUAAGGAUUCAAUGGACGAAAGCGUUCUCCCGGACGUCGACGCCUCGGUGCUUCGUAACUUGGGCCUUCGCGAGGGAGAUGUCCUCAAGGUUAUGCGAACACUGGAUCACAAGUUCAGUCGCACAAAGAGCAGUGCCGACAAAAUCAAUGGUGAAGGUGAUGGCGCAUCUGGAGGUCUCUUCUCCGGGCCCGGCGGUGCCCUGCGGAACAACACCAGGAAGGGCAGGCCGGCCCCAGCGGUCCAGACGAGUGAUGUCGUUGACCCCAAAGCUUUUGCCGCGAAGGGCACCGGCCCCGGCGAAGACGCCAAUUCCAAGUCGCCUGCCUCCGCUUCGGCAACUCCUGCGACGUCCACAACAACUGGUGGCUUCGACGACGAUGCAUGGGACGUAAAGCCAUCAAAACAUCCACAAGAGCCGCCACGCCCGGCACCUUCAUCUGCAUCCGCAACUGCCCAAUCAACGGAACAGCCAGCCCCGGCCGCCCAAGCGCCGGCCCUCACUGGGUCUAUGCAGGAUCUGUCGCUGUUGACAAAGCCUUUGGAACCGCAACGGACAGCUCAGCCCACGGUCCCAAGCUCGGCUGUGAGCCAGCCGCCGUCGCAAGCUUCCCAGCCCACGGGAGCUACACCGUCAUUCUUCGAUACCAUCCGACCGAACCCGACUGGCAUGCAGACACCGCAGCAAACUAUGCAAAGGCAACGGCCGGCUCCGCCUGUUGCCACCACGAGUCCUGGUUCUCUGAUGCCUCCUCCGCCCGCCAGACCCUUGUCGGCGCCUCAGUCGGCCCAGCCGAGCGCUUUUGCGCCCCCACCCUUAAUGCCUCAGAUGACUGGCGUCUCCUCUCAAGCAUUCCAGACGCAGGUCGCACCACCAGGGCAGAGCCUCAACGACAUCAGUCAGGCGCGGUUGCAGCAACAGUAUACUUUGCAGCAACAUCAGAUCCCUCAGCAGCAGAUGAAUCCCUACCCUAUCCCUCAGCAGCAACCUGUUCCGGGGGUCAUGGGCUUCAACCCUGGCAUGCAGCAGGCUGGUGGGCAGUUCAUGCAGCAAAUGCAGCCAAUGAUAACGGGUGCGCCUACACAAAGCCCUUUCGCUGAUCCCCAGCGACAAAACCAAUUCUCUCCGAUGCAAUCACAGCCUACGGGCUUCUCGGGACAAUUUGGUGCGAUGCAGGGCUUCAACCAACAACCAACUGGCAACAUCAACUCUUAUUUGCCUCCCGCGAUGGAGCCGCAAAGAACUGGCAUGCCGGGAUUCCAGCCUCAGCAGACCGGUAUGAGUGGCUUUACCAGCAUGGCCAGCGCUGGCUCUAUGCAGCCUUCAACCCAGCCCCUGAUGCCGCAGCAGACAGGUCCUCCUCCGCCGGUCCGGUUCGGUGUCACGGGAGAUGCAAAGAAGUUGAUGCCGCAGGCAACGGGGCGGCGGGCCAAUCUCUCCCAAGCAACUCCUAACAACCCUUUCGGUUUCUAG